GGCACUGAUGGUCACUGGCAGGUGGCAUUGAUGGGGCUACACUGAUCAUCAAGGCACACUGAUCAUCAGUGCCCUGAUGAUCAGUAACCAGCAGUUGCCAGAGCAGGGAUGGACACCAAUCAUCAGGGCACUGAGGAUCAGUGCCCUGUUGAUCGGUGCCCAGCAGUGCCACCCACCAAUUCCGCCCACCUGUGCCCAGCAGUGCCACCCACCUGUGCCUCCCACCAGUGCCACACAUCAAUGCUCAGCAGUGCCACCUACCUGUGCCCACCAGUGCCACCCACCUGUGCCUACCAGU